AUGACCGAGUACAAGCUGGUGGUGGUGGGCGCGGGGGGCGUGGGGAAGAGCGCCCUCACCAUCCAGCUCAUCCAGAACCACUUCGUGGACGAGUACGACCCCACCAUCGAGGACUCCUACCGGAAGCAGGUGGUCAUUGACGGGGAGACGUGCCUGCUGGACAUCCUGGACACGGCGGGCCAGGAGGAGUACAGCGCCAUGCGGGACCAGUACAUGCGCACCGGGGAGGGCUUCCUCUGUGUGUUCGCCAUCAACAACACCAAGUCCUUCGAGGACAUCCACCAGUACCGCGAGCAGAUCAAGCGGGUGAAGGACUCGGACGACGUGCCCAUGGUGCUGGUGGGGAACAAGUGUGACCUGGCCGCGCGGACCGUGGAGUCUCGGCAGGCGCAGGACCUCGCCCGCAGCUACGGCAUCCCCUACAUCGAGACUUCCGCCAAGACGCGCCAGGGCGUGGAGGACGCCUUUUACACGCUGGUGCGCGAGAUCCGGCAGCACAAGGUGCCCAAGCCCAGCCCGCCGGACGAGGGCGGCCCCGGCUGCAUGAGCUGCAAGUGCCUGCUCUCCUGA